UGACAAAUAUAUUGAUACAUCAAGAUGGCCACCUCACGAUUAAUUAGGGCUAAGAAUGUGUGAGGUUGCAUUUAUAAAGCAUUUAAAUAUUCCGAUCGUGAUUAGUUUACUGCAUCUUAUGUUUAAUAAAUGAUCUUGCUCUGGAAAGUCUCGAUUAUCGGGCAUUACGCUGAAGGUCAACGGUUCCAUGUUGUUUACCAAAUUCUUUAAAUAGAUUAUGUUAUGAUACGUUGUAAACAACCCCCAGGACUUCAAUCUUGUUUGCAAAAACAACAUAUUUUGUUUUGAAUUGAGGAGUGUUUAUCUAGAAAAUUUAAGUGAAAUGUACAGAUGGAUAACUAAACCUAUAUGAAUAAUCAAAGUAUGGAAACCUAAUUUACACAAACAGGUAGCAGUCGGAAUGAAUGAACAUUUUUUUGACACUUCAGUGAUUCACUUAUUAUGUGAUUUAAAAUAAGUGAGGAUGGAUUCCCGCAGAAUAGGGCAGUAUCGUGAGGCACCAGGGUCCGACAUUGUCAAACAGGGCACCCUUAAAAAAUUAAAGACCAUGAAGAAAAAGUACUUUGCAUUACGAGCUACAAGCAGUAGUGGACCGUCACGGCUUGAUUACCACGACAAUGAGAAGAAGUUCCGAGCAAAUCAGGCUCCAAAACGCUCCAUUCACUUGCGCACAUGCUUUAACAUCAACAAGAAGAUAGACUGCAAGCAUAAGCAUGCCUUGUCCAUAUACCUCGGUAGUGAGUGCUUCACAGUCAUUGCUGACUCUGAAUUAGAACAAGAAUCGUGGGUUGACAGGUUGCUGGAGUACCAGAAUGAGUACCUUGAGGACGGCGAGGCUCCUAGGCCACAUUACGAUUAUGUUUGGCAAGGAGUUAUAAAGAAGAAGUCAAAGACAUCUUGUACACAGAUAGAGGGCCCCUAUCGGUUGUGCCUUGCAAACAAGGAAGUGAGUCUGGUGGAAUAUGAAAAAUUUCACCCAUCUUAUGUAUUUCAGUUUGUCAGUAUCCGAGGUUGCGGUCACUCAGAUAACUUCUUCUUCAUGGAGGUUGGCCGGAGUGCAGUGACCGGCAGCGGGGCAGUGUGGAUGCAGGUGGACGACACACUGACCGCUAAAACCAUGCACGACAAAAUACUCAGUGAGAUGGCAUCGGCAAGAAACCAGUCAGAAUUUCGUCGCCGUAGUAACACAGCUGGUCCCCAGCCGUCAGAUCAAAAUAAAAUACGAAGCCGAGCCACAAGUGAAAGUUAUAAUUCAGGGAGCCCCAGGAGAUCCCGGCUUCAGCUCAACCGCCCCCCCUCAACUGUUGUCUUCUCUAGCAAUGCUGCACACAACAAGCUCUUAGGCCAGCUAGAUGAUGAGGAGAUGAGGUUGCGUUCUGGAAGCACAGGUUCCCGCACAUCUACGGCGAGUCAUAAGUCUGAUUUGGAUGAGGCUGCUUCCUAUACAAAUGUAGACCCAAACUCACCUACCAUGGUGGUGGACGGGCCAUUCUUAGACCAUUACAUGACCCAUAGUGAUGACCAUUCUACCUACCUGCCUAUGAGUCCAGGCCAGGCCUCUAUGGAUCAUAGUUCAAGGUCAUCCACUCCGCCUUCCAAAGGUCAAGGUCAACUGUCUGUGGAUUACAUGACUAUGUCACCUGGUCAAGGUCAAAGGUCAGCAACACCACCCGCAAAAGUGGCUCAAGGUCAUGGUCAAGGUGACUUGAAUGCCAUAGGGGGUGACUUUCAUACCACGACUUUUGGGUCAGCACUUCAUGGGUCCCUAACCCCUCCUGGCAGUAGAGGUCAACGUUAUGGGUCAAGGUCUGACUGUGGAAGUGACUACAUGCCGAUGACCCCUGGGACCCCAGAACAGAGGUCACUGACACCUUCUCCAACACGGCUAUUGCCUGAGCGACCUGGUUCCUCAAACUCCGAGAGUCAGGAUAGUGGUGGUGGUGGCCGUGUUGACACAUACAUGAUCAUGGGGCCGGGGUCUACAGGCGGCAGCCCAGGCCCCGUCCAGAUGGAAUACAUGAACAGCCGCACCCCCCUCUCGGUCAAUGUUGGCAACAGCAGCGGAUAUGUCACCAUGACACCACCCUCCAUGAGCACUGGCCCUGGAUACAUUGACAUGACUGCCGGCGCCAGAGCUAUUGGUGACCUAGGCCCCGGCUACAUGGUGAUGGAGGGCAAGUCGUCCAGGAUGACAGCCCAAAUACCUAUACGUAUGGGGAAGGAACCAGGCUACCUUGACAUGGUCUCCACAUCACAGCCCCUGCCUACAGUGAAAGAGAGUGGAAGUGGUGAGGCCUACCUGCCCAUGUCUCCUACGGUUCAGAGCCAAAUUCCCAUGGAUGCCCUGAAACCUGCCAAGGUGUACAGUUACCUCAGUGACGACUCAGUUGCCGAGCUCCCAAAACGGGCGUACUCGGUCGGGAGUCGCCCGUUUUCAAAACAGGUCUACAAGCAUCAUCAGAAUCCGGAGACGCUACGACGCCAGCCCCUUGAUAGUAGCAAGAGCAGCAGCGCUCCCCAUCUGAUAGCUCAGAAGCAGCGGGGAGGGGCUGGAGCGAUGCAUGAGGGGGGCUAUCCUCACAAUCCUGAUGGCUACCAGGCCUACCCUCCAAGCCCACUUAGCAUGUCCAUCCGUUCAGAGGACUCUGACAGCUUUGUUGAGAUGGAGUUUAUUCGUCCACGCACUGCAAGCGACAGCUACGGUAUUCGCCCGCGCGCGUCUAGUUUUGGGAAGCAGCAGGUGUUCACGCCCCAUCGACCUCGCUCCUCCAGUUAUGGUCAAAGUUCAAAGGGCGUGCUACGUCACAUUGUAGCCAAUGUAAUGAGCCAAAGGAAUGAUUCUUUUGAAUCUAUUGGGAACUCUUCCAUGGAUUACUCUGGUAAGAGGAGUUCCCAGGAAUCUCUUAGCAAAGCGUCGAGUUGCUCCAGAAAUUCUUCAAACGACUCUUUAAAAAAACUUCAAAAUGAUGAAUCCGGGCUAAAAAAAAACUUGAAAGGAUCUGAUUAUAUUGACAUGGAUUUUGACAAGCAUUCUUCGUGUUCCCCUAGCGUUUAUAGUGCAAUAUCUCCUCAACCAGACAUAGCUGGUUACGUUGAUAUGACCGUAGGAUCAACCCCAAAGUCCCAGCGAGGUCUUUCACCCUGCUCCUCCAAUCACAGCCUCGGUUCUUCUCCAGCCUCUUCUAUUACCCAAUUCAACAAUCAAGAUAAAACUAACAGUGGUGCCAAAGUGAUUAAGGCAUCUGGAAAACCGGUUCAGAAGUCUGUUAGUAAAAGUCCUGGCCCAGCUGGGGUAGGUUUCACCGAGAACCAGCUCACAGUGGCUAGGUUGAAACUGGCAGACAAACGAUCCCCAUCAAGUUCUGGAAAAGAAUCUGAAGACGAGAGUUAUGUCCCUUUCAAGCCCAGUAAAGCUGUGACUAUUGGCACCUCGCCCGUGGAUAUGCAUCAUAGAGGGUCACACGAUUGGGCGAUGAUGUCAUCAAACAAGCAUUCUAAAAAUCACCAUGGAUACAGCAAGUCAUAUGACUCAGCUAUGAUGAGCCCAGAAGCAAACCUCAUUGUAGGAGACCCAAAAGUGUUUAAUCAUAGAAGCAGUGGUAAGAGAGACAAUAGAGAUAGAGAUGAUGACAGUUUUAGACGAAGAACAAAUAGUAACAAAGAAAAACGGGUCAGCUCGCGACAAGUUUAUUUGGCAGAUAAGUACCAUUUUAAGCCUGAGGUUAAACCACCCAAAGAGAGAAGUUCAACUUCAAGUCUCCAGGACAGAGUGUCAAAAGGUCAGAGUCCUGUUUUAGAUAGAAGAAUUGAAUAUAUUCCAGACAAUGAUAUUUUUUCUGACAAGUAUUUUGAGAAAGAUGAAGAAGCAAACGAUAAAGAAACAAGUGCCAUUGGAACUGAUAUUGAAGAAGGUUAUCUGGAGUACUUGCCUGGAGAAAUUUUGCCUGUAAAUGAAGUGCCUCUCUCAAAACGACGUGGGUCAAGCUUGAAAGAAAAAUUGAAGAUAAAUUCAGUGAUCAAAGACACAAAAGACGCUGUUAAUAAGACAACAAAGGAUGACAUUAAACCAGAGCCAACCAGAAGACAAUUUCCUGACAGAGAAUACUGUGAAAUUGAGUUCCCUGACCAAACAACAGUGAGCAAUUCAAAGAGUGCAAGCAAUGACAUUGUGAAAUGUUCAGAUAAGAAAGGUGCAGUAGCUGAUGCAGGCCUAGAAACUUCCAACACAAAGGAUUGUAACUGGGAGACCAAAUCAAGAGAGUCUGUAAUUUCCGAAAAGAAACCAGACUCUGAUUACAUGGAAUCCGAUCCAGCACCCCUAACUGUGUUCGGUUUAACACCAGAACCCUCUACCUCUGUAAAGUCUAACAAGAAGAUAGAGUCUGAUGACUUUUCUUACAUCGAUUUUGACCCUGAGACAGAUAGGAAAAGAUUAGCUGCAAGCAUUGAUAGCAAGGAGUGUAAGAAAGAUGUGACAAUCAAAACCCCAGGGCGGUUGCAGUCAUUUAUUUCUCAUGACCUUGACACUGAUGAGAAUAAAGAUGAUGAGAUAUUUGAGAUCACAGACUCAAAAGGUAUUGAAAUUCUAAGCCAAUCUGGACCUAGGAAAUCGUCCACUCAUUCUUCUGAUGGUGUUUCAGUUCUGGAACGCAGGAAUAGCAGCAAGGACUCGCCUGCGUCUCCUAGUAGAGUCGGAGCUAAGCCUGAGUUGAGCAAAUCAAUGUCUCAACAAAGUAUGGAAAGCGUAGGACCAAGUUGGGACACAUCCAGUGAUUUAAAUUUUGCUAGGAAAACGUCACAUAGUAGUGUAGGGUCUAUAGGGUCUAAUCGUAAAGGCUCACAGGACAGCGUGUCUAGUCUGAGGCUAAGCUCUCAAAGUUCUCAAGAAGGCAGUGUGAGUUCAAGGAAACUUUCAGAGGACAGCAGAGGAGGACUUUUACGAAAAAGUUCUCAAGGGUCGCAGGAGAGUAUAGGCUCAGUAAGGUUGUGUAUGCUCGACAAAGCUCAGGGAAAGCUUGUUAUGAAAUCUUCUUUUCCAAUAGCCCCAGAGGGUAAAGAGGUACUUGACGAGGGAUACUGUGACAUUACCUUUGAGAAAGUGAAAGAAGAGAAAGAAAAUGCAGUCAAUAAAGAGAUUGAAUGUAGAAGGACACAUCACAGGUCUGGUAGUGACUCAAGUAAUAACAGUGACAGAAGUAGGAAAAUCUUUGAAGGAAUAUCAACCGAGUCCUCAAUACCUACCCCAGAAUCUAUAAGAUGCUAUAUUGAUGAUAACAGUUGGGAUGGUAUGCCGGUACCUGAGAAGCCUGUGAGUUUUAUUUCAGAAGAGAGUUGGCAGCCCGAAGGGGCAGUUGGAGGUAAGGAUAUUGGUUCACCCUUGAAGCAAGCCCUCACAGGUCGAAGGUCGUCACCUGGUGUUGUCAAGGAUUCUGCAUCAGUGGAGUUGCUCAGAAACACGGUACUGACCCGGGGAGUCAGUAGCAGUCAAGCCAGUCUGCAAGGUUUUGGUGUAACGAGGCAGACAAGUGCCCCUGUCGGCCCUCCCAAGUGUAACAGGCUGAGUAACGAGUUACCCGUGCACAGUAGAAACCGUAACACUAGUGCACCAGCAGGGGUGGGGCUACAGUCUGGCGGUGGAACAGGAGCAGAGAAAACCGCAGCCGUCCAGGCGAAUUUGGAACCUUGCCAAGACCCGCAGAAGCAAGCAAAGAGCAUGCCCUGCGUGACCCUGCCGGUUGUUGAUAAGCAAUUGGUUGCUUCAGAUCUCUCAAAGGAUUCUGCAUCACACGCUAGCAGGCAUAGUUUCACGGAUUUAUCCCAAUAUGAAGAGAUGACUUUUCCCGCCAGCAAUUUGUCCCAACACGCUUUCCUGACGCGAUGCAGUUCACAGCAACAGCUCCACGAUGGCGGGGCGAACUCGAUGUCUGAUUCUAGCGAGUUACAGUACGCAGACCUUGACCUGAUGAGUUCGAAGGAGAACCUUGAGGACAAGUGUCGAGUGAAGAGCCGACACACUUCCUCCAACAACGACAUCGUCCAGGGCUCUGUGCCCUACGCACAGAUCGAUUACCAGAGGACUGAGACUCUGAAACAGGACAAAGACAAGGAUGUGAAAUUUACAAUUUGAAGUUAGAGUGUAGAUAUGAAAGUAACCUUUUACUUUGCACACUCGGAUGUAAAAUUCACACUUUUGUGUUCAAUGCAAACACAAAGGGGAUAGAACCCAUGACACCCUGGUAGCAAGGCGGACACAAUAUCGACUAAACCACAGCGACUUUUGUGUUUGGCAUUCGUAUAUAAAAUUCACCUUUUACUGGGCACAUAAGCAUGUGAAAUUCACACUUAUAUUUGACAAGGGAAUGUGAAAUCAAGCCGUAAAUGUUAUAGUAAAAUCAAGAACUUUUUCUGUUUUUAUGUCACAAUGGACAUUAAUUCAACAUUUUAAUGAGAUUCACUAGGAUUCACAUGCAUUCACUAGGAUUUGAAGUUUCUCUUUAUUGGGGCACAAUCGGAAAUAAUAUUCAUAUAUUAAUUUUUAAGUUAAGACAAAGUAAACCAUGUUGGUAAUUAUUUGUUUUUUUGCUAAUUGUUAGGGGAGACUAAUUUUGUCAAAAAGCUUACAUUUAACCUCCUUGCUAAAAAUAUUUGAAAUUGGUUUAUUAAAAUAUGUGUUGUUAGCUUAUGAACAUAUUGUUUUAUGUGUUGUUCUUAGAAAUGUUUGUGUUACAAGAGUUUUUAGCUACUUAAAAAUAAUUAGAUAGACUUGUGGAUGUGUUUAUAACAGUCAUGUUAUAUGUAAAUACAAUUAAUGCACCGGGUAUUAUUUAUUCAAAUUGUUGUUAUCCUGAAAUAAAACAGUUAAUGAAAAUUCAUGAUAAAAUUUGUAUUAAAAUAUAACUUGCAUUCUAACAUACAUAUCAUGGUAUAUAAAGCUUCCUGGAAUCUUAUUUAUUACCAUUUCAAGAAUGGUCAACAGAGUAAAAUACACCACCAAAUUAACCCAUUUAUGCCUAGCGUCUAGAAAAAAGGUCUUGGCAAACAUCGUAGACCCAGAUGAGACGCUGCAUGAUGCGGCGUCUCAUCAGGGUCUGUGAUCUUUCCUUAAAGGAAUUUCUGUAAGAAAUAUUCUUAAUAUUGAAAUAAAUAUACUAGACAUCCCUAAUUUUGGAAUAAAUUGAUCCAAUUUAGAAGGAUGGGAGAGUCCACUAGGCAUAAAUGGGUUAAUUGAGAAACAUAGAUUUGUGUCUCUCAUUAAUCACUGGUAUCUGCAGGUGAUUGUAUUUGUUGUUGUGACCAGCCCUACCUCUGACUUGUGGGUUGUGAGUUUGAUUAAAACAUGAAAUGCACUGAGACAUAAAAACAUAAGAACCAUGCUCUGCGAAAAGAGGGUUUAAUGCUUAAGUGUCCAAACAGACUUUUCAGAGACUAGACUUUCCACGGUUCUACAGAAAGUCUCUUCAAAUAAAAAAUCCAGUUAAGGCUAAUAGUGUCGUCCCUGAUUAGCCUGUGUGGACUGCACAGGCUAUCUGGGACAUCACUUUACGCACAUGCAUUAAACCCCCUUUUCACAGAGCAGGGCUCAUAUUUAUUAGUACGGCUAACUACUGUUAUUUAUAAACAUUUACUCAAUCUAAUAAGGAUUUUAUUUUUAUUACCAAGAGACACUUUGUUAAGGUUUAGCGUUAUUAAGUACUAUUUUCAUUCAUGAUACAUGCAUUUCCUAUUUAAAUAAGGCAUUCAUAUUGAGGCAAGCCAUGGCAAUUCCUGUUUCAAGUCCCUUCUUUACUGUUCAAAUUCCUGAGUAUUUUGACAUGAUGUUUUCAGUUGUUCCAUAGCAUUGUGGCUGGUUUUUGGCCUUUCUUGUAAUUGUUUGCAUAGACUUUCUGCUCAAAUUCUUCUUUUCAACUGGCGUGUAUUUACCCUUUCCCACUCAGAAGCAAAUUGAAAAUGGCUAUGUGCAAACAGCAUAAAACCAGAACAGCCUGCGAGUAACUCGCAGUCUGUUCAGGUUUUAUGCUUAUUUGCUUCUCAUAAAUAUCUAAGGGUUGAAAUGAAGCCUUCAAAACUUGAAUACAGUUAGAAAGGUCUUUAAUUAAAUGAAGCCUUUAAAACUUGAAUCUAGUUAUACAGGUAUUUAAUUAAACUCAAAUUUCUAAGGGACUACAAACACAUAAAAAUACAUAUCUAAGUAGGAAAGGGUUAAGAAGGAGUUAUUUCGUUUUAGCUCAACUGGGCAAGCUCAUGGUGAGUUUAUGUGAUCAUUAUCAAUAUUUAUAAUGUUUACACUCUUAAGACCACAAUUAUUGCCAAAUCAUCGCAACAUUUUGUCAGAGCAUUUUUCCCAGUGAUGCAAUGUAUCUCAGAAUACUUCAAAACUUGGUAAUAUGUGGUCAAAAAUUACUGUACUACAUGUAGGUCACUAAGUCAAUUUAAAGAAAACACUUGUGAACUAUUCCUUAUGUAGUUUAUAUAGUAAACAAAUUGUGACUCUUUUAAGUCACAUUUGUUGCUCAGUUCAAAACUGGGUCGCAUGGGGCAAAAUCUAGGUAACUAAGUUUGAUGAAAUAUUAGGCUUGGAAAUGCUAGAGGAGGCCACAUUAUUGCCUAAUUUACAUGAAUCUUGGUCAGAACAAUUCCCUGGAUGAUAUCUCUGCCACUUUGAAACUGGGUCAUGUAGUAUUGAAAACUAUGUUUCUAAUGAAAUUAAAAAAAUGGAUUGUGAACAUUCUAGUCCAUAUUUAUUUUUAAUCUUUAUUAUAUUUGGUUCGAACAUUUGUCCGCAUUACAUCUCCUCCUUGUUUAAAACUGGGUCAUUCUGAUCAAAAUAAAAGAAAAAGCUUAUGCACAUUACGAAGGCAAUAUCUUUAAUCUUAAUUAAACUUGCUGAAAAUAUUUGUCCCAUUGAUAUCUCGGCUGAGUUUGGAACUUUGUCACAUGGUAUCAAAAACUAGGUCACCAGUUUAAAUUAUUUUGAAAGCUUGCAAACUAAAAAUAAUAAUAAAAGUAAUUAAAUGCCAAAUUUCUUGCGAAAUCAAUUGCAUACAAUAUGUUUUCUAAUGAUUUCUGCGUUCAAAAAUGGUUCUUGAAACAUCAAACCCUCUUGUUUGCAUAAUAAAGUUCUCGCUAUUUGUGCAUUCUACAUUUGUAUAUUCAGCAUCUUGAAUUAUGCUGUUGUUGAUUUAACCCUUUGCAUGCUGGGAAAUUUUUCGUCUGCUAAAAUGUCGUCUGCUGAAAUUCUAAAAUUAGCAUUUUCUUCGAUUUUUUUUCAAAGAAUACUAUCAGAAUAGCAAACAGUUUGGACCCUGAUGAGACGCCACGUUCUGUGGUGUCUCAUCUGGGUCCAAACUGUUUGCAAAGGCCUUCAAAAUUCAGUUCCAGCACUGAAAGAGUUAACAUUACAUGUAUUAGUGGUUUCAGAAGAUAUUAUUGUGUUUACAGUACAUUAUCAAUCAACAUCAGUUGAUGUUUUCUAAAGCAAAAACAUUAAUAUAACUUGUAAAUGUCAUGAUUUAGAUAGAUGUAGAAGUAUUAUACAGAUAUAUGUUAAUACCUGUGCAUAAUUGUCCCCUACCGGUUUCACCGGAGGGGACUUCUGGUUUGCGCUCUGUGUGUCUGUCAGUCCAUCUGUCUGUCACACUUUUCUGGAUCCUGCGAUAAUUUUAAAAGUUCUUCAUAUUUAUUCAUGAAACUUGAAACAUGGAUACAUAGCACAAUGGACAUUAUGCACGUCAUUUCAUUUUGUUCCUACGUCAAAAAUUCUGGUUGCUACAAAUAGUUAAAAAAAAUUUGACAAUGGUUGAGCCGGUAGGGGACAUAUAUUGCUUGGCAAUAGUCUUGUUUGUUACACUUCUAAUUGUAUUUUCUUGUAAUCUUUAUGGCUGUAGAAUGCUUGCUCAUAGCUUUGACAAAGAGCCUGUUAUUGCAUGCUUGCGUUGUUCAUAUCAUUACAGUUAGAUCAAUUUGUAUGCUUAGGUCUGGGAAUGCUUUUUACAGAACAUUAUGUUGUUUUAUUUUAAAGAGUUCUGUGUUUUUAAAAUCAGAUAUUGUUGUAUAAGCACGCAUUAUAUUAUGUUGGUGUUUUUAAGAAUUAAAGAAAUAAGUCUUUAUAAAGACUUUUAUGAUUGUUGUUUAUGUGGUAUUUUACAUGUUUUCUUGCUUGCAAAGAAAAGGAAUGAUGCAUGCAAACUGGUUAUCCAUAAAUUAAAGUACCAUAUCUACAUUUAAUUGUUUUUGAUUUAUUGAUGUUCAUACAAAAGUCAAACCUUGAUGUCCAUUCUGAAUAAAGCCAACAAACAUUUUUAACCCUUUGCAUGCUGGGAAAUUUGUCGUCUGCUACAAUGAUGUCUGCUGAAUUUCUAAAAUUAGCAUUUUAUUCGAUUUUUUUCAGAGAAUACUAUCAGAAUAGCAAACAGUUUGGAUCCUGAUGAGAUGCCAUGUUCUGUGGUGUCUCAUCUGGGUCCAAACUGUUUGCAAAGGCCUUCAAAAUUCGGUUCCAGCACUGAAAGAGUUAAUGUUUUAUUCAGUAAUGAUGUUUGUAUAAAGGCAUGGUUGACAAUCCUUAAUUAUCUUGAUACUAUACACCGCCUGUGUGCUGCAAAUGUGUGUUUCUCUUUCCUGCAAUCAACUACCUCUUCAACAGGGUACUGAUUUCUAUCUUUAUUUUGUUUAUGGGCUUUUCUGGCACUUCUACCAUAUUGUAGUGAAAGACUAAUGUUGAGAUUACACUGACUUUAAUUAUUAUGGGAAAAAAAGACCAGAAAAGUCAUACUUUCUGUAUGUUGUCAGUGAAAUACUUGUAUGACAGUUUUAAUAAAUUGUUAAGGUUUAACCAUAUUAUUCUAUUUAGCAUAGUAUAGACACGUGUGCCACAUAAGAUAAUGGUAAAGUAAUGGUUUGUAAUUAUAACAUAUAUAUAUUUGAUGUAUUGGUUAUAUUCGUGUAAAUGUUGCAUUAUUCAAAGGGUAAUUAUAUUAAUAAUUAUUUGUGAAUCCAAACAUAAUAAUGCAUGUAAUAGUGUGAUUUUAAUUACUGAUUUAAGAGAUAAAUGUAUAUACACAUUUGCAUAGCGUACCCUUGAUGUUGUUGAGAUGUUAGUGAAUGAGUAUUUUAUUACUAUUGUUAAAGGUACAUUGAAUGUACAUCUCUCUGUUACAGCUUAUAUUGUUUGUAUCAUGAUGAAUAAAGGUCAUCAAUGUUUUGCA